CCAAAAUUAAUUGUAUUUCCUUAAUGAGCACCCGUCCAAAGAAAAACCUCAAGCCCUUUUAAUGCUUUUAAACUCCGUUGUCACUUUCUGUGAAAUUAGGGUUUCAACCUUUCCCCCACAAAAUUUGUGCUUGCAACCUAACUUUCUGGAUUAUGUCCUUAUUAUCGUUCUGGCGAUCGGGAGAGGCGAGAGUUAGAAAGAGCUGAUAGGGGAAGUAGAAAGCCUCGUGUUCCUUACCUAACUCCUUCAAGACUCAUCGACUUUUUGAAGCUUCGUUGUUUUAUUGGCUCAUUUACGAGAUAAGAGGAUCUGAUUCCACAGUUUAUAUUUCUGGUUGUUUUCCAUAAAGGUUUGUGGGGCAAGAUGAUUUAUAUGAUAGUAUUUUAACGUAUAGAUGUGCUGAAGGUUAUGAGAUUGUAUUUUGUAUAUGGUGGUAACAGUUCUGUUUUUUGUAGUAGAAAGGGUUCGAGCAAAAUUUCUUUGUUUAAAGGGUUAAGAUGCCAUCUACAUAUUUUUCAAGAUUAAGAACUGCAGUACAGAAUGAAAUUUCGUGUUCAAUUAUAGGGAAAGAGUGUAGGCUCCAAGAUUUAACUGAAACUCUAGUCGGCCAGGCAAAGUCUCGGUUUUACAGUUACAGAUUAUUUCAUUCUGCACGAAUUGUUUCGCUUGAAGACAUACAUGCACUUUUGAGACCUGGUACUCUUGUUGCUGCUCAAUUUGAUUCGCAAUUAGUUAAUCGUAGAAGGAAUAUCUCUGUUGUUGGAGCACUUUCUCGCACAUUUUCUGUACCUUCUGUAUCAGGCCCGUCAGUUCAGGUUUGUGGGUAUCACAUUGACCGCGCCCUUUGUCAUACUAGUCAAACACCAGGCAGUGGGAAAUUGCAGAAUAAGCUAAUGGCCACCUGUACGUCCAGGGCUAUAAUUGAAUAUUUCCAGGAGAAUCUAACUUCAAGGGGUGGGCAUCUUCCAUUUUCAACCAACAAAGCCAGCAUCUCUUAUGACAGUAGAAGUUCCCAGAGUUACAGAAAUGUCAGUAUGAGUUUGAAGAACAGAAAGCAAUCCACCGAUUCUCCCAUUUAUGGAUAUUUUGGCUACAAUAUCAUGAAGAAAUGGUGUGACUUUUCUCCAUACAUAGAGACAGGAUCUAGAUAUUUCCACAGCUCAACUCCUUCAUGUUUGUCAGCUGGAACUGCACCUGAUAUAACCUUUGAGAAUUCGGCCCAUGAGGAACAGCUUGAAACUUCUGCAGUUUCCUCAGAACAGAAGAGUUCUGCUGGCAAAACACUGAAGCUAAUCUCAGGAUCUUGCUACCUGCCCCAUCCUGAUAAGGAAGAAACUGGGGGAGAGGAUGCUCAUUUCAUUUGUUCAAAUGAACAAGCAAUAGGUGUGGCUGACGGUGUUGGUGGUUGGGCAGAUCUUGGCAUUGAUGCAGGGCAGUAUUCUCGUGAACUCAUGUCUAAUUCAGUAUCUGCUAUUCAACAGGAACCCAAAGGUUUAAUUGACCCAGCAAGGGUCUUAGAGAAAGCUCACUCUAGCACAAAAGCCAAGGGUUCCUCAACAGCCUGUAUCAUAGCACUCACAGAUGAGGGUCUCCACGCUAUCAAUUUAGGGGAUAGUGGUUUUAUAGUGGUUCGAGAUGGAUGCACUGUAUUCCGCUCUCCUGUGCAGCAGCAUGAUUUUAAUUUCACCUAUCAACUAGAGAGUGGAAACAAUGGUGAUCUACCUAGCUCUGGUCAGGUUUUUACAAUUGCUGUUGCUCCUGGGGAUGUUAUAGUUGCUGGAACAGAUGGUUUGUUUGACAACUUGUACAACAAUGAGAUUAAUGCAGUGGUGGUUCAUGCGACAAGAGCUGCCUUAGGGCCUCAGGUGACAGCACAGAAAAUAGCUGCAUUGGCACGACAACGAGCACAAGAUAAAGACAGGCAAACCCCAUUUUCCACUGCUGCCCAAGAUGCUGGAUUUCGCUAUUAUGGUGGCAAGCUUGAUGACAUUACUGUUGUUGUUUCAUAUAUUGCCAGUUCUGAAGAUGAACAGCAAUCUUCAUAAUUAUCUCUCCCUUCUUAAGGAUUUGCAUGGAUCCAGUUUUGUUGAUAGGAAAAUCAAUUCGUAUGCUGUGGGCAUCGGAUUUUGUUGAGCUUUGAACGUUGAUCGAAGGUGCUUUCUACAGUCAAAAGUACAGUUGAUGUAAAUAGUUAUUUCCUUAUCUAUUAUGGUUUAUUAUUUUGCCGCUAAAGACAACAGACGGGCUUGCUGGACCAUGUGCAAUUCCAGCUACUGCCAACGGGGUUAGUUGAAUUAAUUAAUAAUAGUUUCUAAGUCAUUUUGAUUGUGUGGGAUACUGUUUUAGUUGCAAAUUAAACUUUUGUUCA